AUCAGAAGAAUAAGAAUGGCAAGACAGUGCUAGCUGGUAACUUGGGUUAGGCGUUGGUGACUCGGACUUGGAUUCUGACAGCACCGACGUUGGCUGCUCUCGCCCGAGUUGUUUUCUCCCCAGAAAAAAAAGCAUCGUACCACCACGUCACUAUUAAACACAAUCCGAAAACACCUUCCCACGUUCCCCUUGUCUCUUCCGUUGCCUUCUCCCAUCUGCCCCUUUCUGCUAGUCCAAUUGUAUUCCUGCCUUGCGUUUUUGCAUCGGUGUCUUCUAGCACACAUACAUAUACGUCUCUCGCAAAGAUGAUCUCAAGACAGCUUGCGCUGAGGGCGACCCGUUCGGCGAGCUUGCGCUUCACCGCCGCGAGGUCUGCUUCGACCUGGGCCAACGUGCCGCAAGGUCCUCCAGAUGCCAUCCUCGGUAUCACCGAAGCAUACAAGGCAGACAGUCAUCCGCAGAAGAUCAAUCUCGGCGUCGGCGCAUACCGCGAUGACCAAGGCAAGCCGUACGUGCUACCGUCCGUCAAGGAGGCCGAGCUCAAGGUCGUCAACUCCAACCUCGACAAGGAAUACGCUGGCAUCACAGGCGUGCCGUCGUUCACCAAGGCCGCGGCCAUCCUCGCAUAUGGCGCGUCGUCUCCCGCCAUCGCCGAAGACCGCAUUGCCAUCACGCAGUCCAUCUCCGGAACCGGUGCCCUCCGUAUCGGUGGUGCCUUCCUUGAGCGCUUCUAUCCGGGGGCGAAGACGAUAUACAUUCCUACCCCGUCAUGGGCCAACCACGCAGCCGUGUUCAAGGACUCGGGCCUGAAGGUUGAAAAAUACAGGUACUACAGCCCGGACACCAUCGGCCUGGACUACGAAGGCAUGAUUGCAGACAUCAAGGCCAUGCCAAAGGGCAGCAUUGUGCUCCUGCACGCCUGCGCGCACAACCCCACCGGCGUCGACCCCACUGAGGAGCAGUGGAAGGGCAUCUCGGCUGCCGUCAAGCAAGGAGGUCACUUCCCUUUCUUCGACAUGGCAUACCAGGGCUUCGCCUCUGGCGACACGGAUCGCGACGCCUUUGCCCUCCGACACUUCAUCGCCGAGGGCCACAUGCCUGUGCUGGCCCAGUCAUUCGCCAAGAACAUGGGCCUGUACGGCGAACGGGUGGGCGCUUUCUCCGUCGUCACAGCAUCCGCGGAAGAGAAGAAGCGGGUCGACUCACAAAUCAAGAUCCUCGUGCGGCCCAUGUACUCGAACCCACCUAUUCAUGGCGCGCGCAUCGCAUCCACCGUGCUGAACGAUGAGAAGCUGAACAAGCAGUGGCUCGGUGAGGUCAAGGGCAUGGCCGACCGCAUCAUCAAGAUGCGCGCACUGCUCAAGGAAAACCUCGAGGCUCUCGGCAGCAAGCACGACUGGUCCCACAUCACGAGCCAGAUUGGCAUGUUCGCGUACACGGGAUUGAAGCCGGACCAGAUGGAACGACUGGCCAAGGAGUGCAGCGUCUACGCCACUAAGGACGGUCGCAUUAGUGUUGCCGGUAUCACCAGUGGUAACGUGAAGAGGCUCGCCGAAAGCAUCUACAAGAUCACUGGUUAAAAGUCAAAGGGGUGGACAUGGCGGCGGGAAGAAAAAAAAAAAGAACAUAUAUUGGGUGGAAAAGUUGGAAGAAAGAACGGUCCGAGUUAGAGAGAUCCGAGCAAGUAAUUGGAUUUGGCUUGGGUGUAUUUGACUAGAUCUGGGCGGCUCUGCGCUGGGAGGCGUAUUUCUGGCUUUGGCUGGGUCCGGACGCCGAUUGCUUCUUCCUGCAUCUUUCUCCUUUCCUUCGCUUCUCUCUGUAACUCUUGACAUCAAUAGCAUGAGGUUCUAGCCUGGCAAAGAAAGUACAAGUGAACAUGUGCGUGAUA